GAAAUCCAAAUUCCCGCUCUGAGAAACUCGAAAAAGCUGGUUCCGCCGCCUAAAAUCGAAUUGUUCCCUUCUUCUCUCUCUGCCCUAAUCCAUUCCAUGUCUUCUUCCUCAACGCACCACACUUACAGCCGAAAGCAGAAAUCUCUCGGCCUCCUCUGCACUAAUUUCCUAAGCUUAUACAACAAAGAAGAUGUCCGCUCAAUCGGUCUCGACGACGCCGCUUUGCGAUUAGGCGUCGAAAGGCGACGGAUCUACGAUAUCGUUAACGUAUUGGAGAGUGUCGGAGUGCUGGCGAGGAGAGCGAAAAAUCAGUACACAUGGAAGGGAUUUACCGCCAUUCCUGCUGCUUUGCAGGAGCUCAAGGACGAAGGUUUUAAGGAGAAUCCAGCAUCUUUCGAUGGUUCUAAUGAUAGUGGAAAAAUGUCUGAUGAUGAGGAUGAAGAGGAAACGUUUCCCAAUCUUGACACUGAAACGCAGAAUGAUAAGGAACAUCCUGAUUCCGCCGCGCCUGCCAAAUCGAUCAAGACGGAAAACAGAAGGGAAAAAUCUUUGGCACUGCUUACUCAGAAUUUUGUCAAGCUUUUUAUCUGCUCUAAUAUUGAAAUGAUCACCCUUGAUGAAGCUGCAAAGUUGUUGCUUGGAAAUGCCCAUAAAAUAAUGAGAACAAAAGUCAGACGCCUAUAUGAUAUUGCGAAUGUGCUAUCCUCCAUGAACCUAAUCGAGAAGACCCAUGCAACAAACACAAAAAAACCAGCAUUUAGGUGGCUGGGUUUUAGAGGGAAACAAAGGAAUGAAUCAGUUGACAUAGUUCACAAUUCAAAUAUCAAGGAGCCAAGGAAAAGGAUGUUUGGAAGUGACAUCACAAAUGUAGUUUUUAAAAGAAACAGAGUUGAUCUCUUCAUGGAUGACCAGAACUCUAAAAUGCAAAACCAACAGGAAAAAAUGAGUCACGGAGCCCAGCCAGAGAAAAACAACUUAGAAAAAAGUGCAAAACAGACUUCAAAGAGCUAUCAGUUUGGCCCUUUUGCUCCAGCUUAUGUGCCUAAAGUAGGAACAUCUGAAAAUAAUAGUGUGAAAAAGGAGCAUAACUGGGACAGCCUCGCCCUGGUCCAUCGUCCUCAAUAUCAAAACCAAGGUAUCUAGCUUUGAAAGACCUAUUCUCUCACUUCAUGGAUGCAUGGAAAUCUUGGUACUCUGAAGUUGCUGGGAAAAAGUGAUCGAAAACUUUGUAAUUUACUUGUCCAAAAUUAGUCAUAGUUGUAGCAUUCUCAAAAUAAGACGAUCCAUUAUCGGAUGCAUGUUCUCCAUGCGCCAUAAUAGAGCUGUUGAGUGUGGAUUUUCUUAGCGUCUCAUGUUAUGUAAGAUCAGUCGACAGUUCUUGCAAAUUAUUUAUACAUUUAUUAUAAUUAUAAUUAUAAUUAUUAUAAAGCUUUAUAAUUUAUAUAAAUGUUGGUUUAAGGCUUGAAUUAGGAGUUACAGGAACGGGAUGAGCUCAUUCGGUCAGUCAACUCAACUCAUCAACUUGGUUUGUUAAAGUUAGAUUGUGGCAGUUUGAUCAAAUGUGAUUGAUUUUUUUCCCGAAACUUAUUUCGUAAGAGGUUUAAUUUUUGGGAUAGAGAUUCAUUGAUUUUUUUUUUUAAAGCUUGAGGUUGUAAAGAAAAU